AAACCCAAUUGUUUUUUUUCUUUUUUUCUUUUAUCUUUCUUAUCAGCCGUAUAAAGACUCACACCAAAGCUGAAAUCCUGAAAUCCUAAAACCCUAGCCGGCGCAUUCGAGGAGAGAGAAAAGCGAAGCAACUGCAGCAGAAGAACAACAGCUAUGGGUAAGGUUCACGGAUCAUUGGCGCGUGCCGGUAAGGUGAGAGGGCAAACCCCCAAGGUUGCCAGUCAAGACAAGAAGAAGAAGCCCCGUGGACGCGCUCACAAGCGUUUGCAAUACAAUCGCCGUUUUGUUACUGCUGUUGUUGGAUUCGGCAAGAAGAGGGGACCCAAUUCCUCAGAGAAGUAAAGAGAUUGAAUAGCAAAAUGUGAAGUCAUGCACGCAGCAAGAAUGUCAUAUUGCUUUAGGAUAUCUUAGUAUUGCUCUAUUACCUCUUGCCUCCGGAUGUUAAUGGCUUCAGAAUCGUAUUUUAUUUUUUUUUGAGCUAGAGAGCUAAACUAUGUAGUUGGAGCCUUGUUUUUCCGAGCUAGUUAAAAAUUGUCACCUUGUCGCAUAUUUGCACUAUUCCAUUUGAAGUUUUGUUGGUCUUGAAGCGAAUAGGUGAUCAACGUGUACCUAUUGGCCAUGAAUCUAGGUUUCUUUUACAAGGAAAUUUUGUUGCA